CUGUCAUCUGCCUUCCUGUCAUUGCUGUCACUUUCGGCUUAUCAUUCUUGUGGCUCUUGGGGCUCUCGCGUUUAUUUUAAUAAAUUAACUUGAGCAAUAAUGUGGAGCGACACGCUACUGAUAGUAUUCAUCUCCGUAUGCACAGCAUUCUUGGGCGAAGGACUGACAUGGCUACUCGUCUAUCGAACAGAGAAAUAUCAAAAAUUGAAAGGAGAAGUUGAAAGGCAAAGUAAAAAACUGGAGCGUCGUAAAGAAAUCCAUGGUGAUUCACUAGAUAAAUCCCACAAGAAAAAAAUUGAACGUGAUGAGGAAAAGCUGAAAAAUAAUAAUCGGGACUUAUCUCUUGUGAAAAUGAAAUCAAUGUUUGCAACAGGUUUCGCGUUUACAGCACUCUUGAGUAUGUUCAACAGCAUAUUUGACGGGCGGAUUGUUGCACGAUUGCCUUUUGUUCCAAUUUCGUGGAUACAAGGACUAAGCCAUAGAAACCUUCCGGGCGAUGAUUACUCAGAAUGUUCAUUCAUUUUUCUAUAUAUAUUGUGUACGAUGUCGAUUCGUCAGAAUAUUCAAAAGUUACUAGGUUUCGCACCUUCUCGAGCAGCUAGUAAACAGGCUGGUGGAUUAUUUGGUCCAGCGCCAGGACAAUUUAAGUAAGAGUACAAUGUAAAAAGGAAACGGGAGAGAAUUGUUUUAAUAUAAUUUUAAUCGAAUAAAGAGCGAAGAUAUUGUUGUUUA